AUGUCCAGAGACUCAAUCUACUCAAGGGUCCACUUUUCCCAUGCUAGGCAAGUGGAGUUCAUGGAGGACUGGCGAAACUACCAUGUGCCUUUCGACGAUAUCGAUACCGCUCGGCUUAACCAGGCUUCUGUAAACAUCUUCCCUCAGUUUUUGCUAGAGGAGGAAGAAGACGGAGCCAUUCCGCUCAAUCUGGCUGCAUUCAGCUCGAAAGUAAACAAGCUGAAGAACCUUCUACGGCAGCCUAUUUGGACUGAUUUGGGAACUGAACAGCUUCGAGCGGACGCCAAAUCCACACGGCUUCCCGAUGAGACGAUCCUCAAAUCGCUCCACAGCGCAGUAGGUGAAGAAUCGCUCACAAACUUUCUCUCCAAUGGCUACAACAAUGAACAAUCUGUGUUGGCCAAUGAUAACUAUAAUGUCUCGGACAGCUGGCUGAAUGUGACAUCGGAAUACCCUAUCAACCACACGUUUUCUAACAGACUACGCUCUACAAGCGGCAACAGAUCUAGUGAAAUGCAACACUUACACACCCCUCAAUUGGGCCGGAUCCGUCAAGCGUCUCUGGAGAGAUACCAAACUCCCAUUGGGCGUAUUGUGCGGUGA